GCUCUGUGCUCUCACUCGCCCGUUUGGCUUGAGUUGCUUCUGAUGCUGCAGCUACCAUAGUCGUUCUAUCUCCCAAUAACAGCAGUCAUGGCGACAGAGGUCCAACCACUCACUCUGGAUCGAGAUGUGGCCAGGGCGAUCGAGCUGCUGGAGAAGCUACAGGAGUCCGGGGACAUCCCCGGUCACAAGCUGCAGUCCCUGAAGAUGGUGUUGCAGAGUGAGUUCUGCACAGCCAUUAGAGAGGUAUACCAGUACAUGCAUGAAACAAUCACAGUCAAUGGCUGUCCGGAGUACCAGGCACGGGCUACAGCGAAGGCCACAGUUGCAGCCUUUGCGGCCAGCGAGGGUCACUCUCACCCCCGGGUGGUGGAGCUGCCCAAGACGGAGGAGGGGCUGGGCUUCAACGUGAUGGGCGGCAAGGAGCAGAACUCUCCCAUCUACAUCUCCCGCAUCAUCCCAGGGGGCUUGGCUGAGAGGCACGGGGGCCUGAAGCGAGGGGACCAGCUCCUGUCUGUCAAUGGCGUGAGUGUGGAGGGGGAGCACCACGAGAAGGCGGUGGAGCUCCUGAAGGCAGCCAAGGACAGUGUAAAGCUGGUGGUGCGUUACACGCCCAAGGUCCUGGAGGAGAUGGAGGCGCGCUUCGAGAAGCUCCGCACGGCCCGCCGCCGCCAGCAGCAGCAGCUCCUCAUGCAGGCUCAGCAGCAGCAGAACCUCACCACCCAGCAGAACCAUAUGUCGUAGGCUGUUCCAAAAGAAGAAGAAGGACUGAAGGACACUGAAAGGAAGGUUCUAAGUCCAUCUCUAUGUGCGGAGGAUCCCGAGGGAACCACCUGGUAGAGGAGAAUAUGAUACUGUUAAGCAGUGAAGACUCUCUCUCCCCCUUCAGUGUACUACCAACAGAAUGAAGCAAAACUGAAAGAUAUGUGUUCUGAAAUGUAAACAAUGGUGCUUGUGACAUGAGAGAUUGGAGGCUAGCACUGAAACCCAUCCUUUUGACUUUUAUUUUGUUUGUGUUCAUUUUAAGUUGUCCUCUAACAGUUGAAAGUUGUGACCAUCCUCAAUGUUCCUUCUUGUCAUUUGUGAUAGUUUAUUUAUUUCUGUUAUCUGUUUUGAAUUCAUUUCACUUGUUUACUGACUUUCAUUUUGCUAUUGCUUUAUACAGUGAUGUUCUAUUGUUUCUUCUGUUGGUGCUUGUGUCUGUGUGUGAAUGAACAUUGCUUUUUUGUGUCAAACUUGUCCUGCUUUGGAUAAAUGUGAACUAUUUUUUACCUUAUAUUGCAGCGAGAAAAUAUUUUGUAUGGAAACUUGUAGAUUUAGCAAUAACACUCUUUAGUUGGUUUUACAUUUCACAUAAAAGUAAUGAUUAGAAAUAUAGAGUAUAUGGGGGGAAAAAAAUGCAAAAGUUAACAAUGUAAUACUAAGUAAACUGUAUCUUAUGCACUGUGUGUCAUAAGGCAGCUUCUGCUGUUAAAAGAGGGGUAUAUAAAGUGGAUGAAUAUAUUAAAAUACAGAGAAUUUUAUUUAUACAGUUGAAUAGGCAAGUACAAUUAUCGUGCAAUAUCAUAAUUUGACUUUCAGCUCUCAAGUCAGCCAUUUAAUGAUUGUUAGUCAUCUACUCCCAACAAAUAAAUGUAUACAGAGAGUAUAUAGAGUAAUCAUAUAUAAUAAAAUCGACAUAUGAAUAUAAUUUUAACAUUUCCUAUAUAAUUUAUAUGAGGACAAAUAGAAUGUCAAACACAUUUAUAUAUAUAUAUAUAUAUAUGUGACCUGGAGGGUUAAUCAUAUGGUACAAUUGUCUUUAUUUUUAAAUCAAUCCAUUUGAUUGUUUAUAAUCCGAGUUUUGCAUAAAGUAAUGUUUAAUUGAAGUAUGUGUGUGUUUGUUAACAUGCAGAAUAUUAUUUAAAACAUUUAAUUGUAUAAGACCUAUUGCCCAGUGUAGAAUUCGUACCGGUAUAGCAUGGUUAAUGGACUCAUUCUCCUGGAUCUGCGUCGUCACCUUGACAUUUUGACAAUCAUUGUGAGUAAGAGACUGUGGAAUGUUCUAGUCGUCUUAUCAAUAAGGGACCUCUGUUUUAAACUCUCUCUUUCAACCAUCUACCUAUAGUAUGAUGUAGUAUUCUCAUGACAAGUAACCAUAUUUAAGUAUAACAAGUUGCACUGUGGAUUCAUUGAACGCUAUUAGAAAACCAGUUGAUGAUCGACACUGAUCAAAAGUAGUCUUGUAUCUGUAGCACUGUCAGACAAACAUUACAUUGGAUGGUUUUCCUGGUAGCAAACUGUACGUUUCUUUUUUACAACUCUAGUAUGUAUUUUCUAUAUAGGCCUAGUUCCUUUGUGGGUGGUGGGUAUUGAAGUAGUGCAAGAUCAUUUCACAUCCAUACUGUGUGCAAUGUGCAUCUUGAUAGUCCAACCAGAUGGGGCUGUGAACGUGUUUUGUCCCUCAACCUUUGAGCAGUUCAUCUGGCCUUCGACAGAUCCCUUUUGUACAUUUACUUAUGCUCUUUCUUAUUGACGACUUGCAUUUUUUUAGGCUGGACGUACUGUACUUCCUGAUUCGAUGUACUGUACUUCCUGAUUCGAAGUACUGUACUUCCUGACUGAACAUACUGUACUUCCUGAUUGUACUGGAAAAAAAAGACAACACCAGGUGAUAUGCAAUUGUUAUACAUAUUAUAUUUGUAUAAAUAAAUAAAUGUGCGUGUGUACAAUAACGA